UGUAUAAAAUUUGAAAAAUAUUUAUAUGAUAUUUAUUUGAAAAGAACUCCCUUUUUUUUGAAAAAAUCAGGUUUACAUUUAUGUAAAUUGAUUAAACUAUACAAUGUGAAGUUUUAUUAAUUUUCUUUUUAAAACAAUUCUGUUAGUAUAUACACAAUAUCUUACUAAUAGAUAUCUUACUUAAAAAAAUUAAAAACAUGGAGCAUUUCUGUUUUUCGGAGCUUUUACUUGUUUUCUAUUUUCUCAGUUUGUCUCUUUCCUCUAAUUUUGUUCCUGCUUAUUUUCUUUUUAACUAUAUAAAAGUCAAAGCUAGUUGCAGAUGUCAUCAACUCCUAAGCUUUAAACUAACCCGAUAAAAAAUAAUCAGUAUGAAAGGCUAGCAAAAACAAUAAGAAGUUGCAUCACAGAAAAUAAACUCAAAAUCGAAACUCUAAUUUGAGUAUAACAAAAUUUAGUUUAUAAGAUAUUGACUUAAGAUAGAAGUCUAGAUAGACUGUAUGCUAUGUAUGAGGAUAUACGUUAUGAUUGCAAAGUAUGUAAGUUCUCUGUUUAUAUAAAUUUUUUUUUUUUUAGAAAUAUGGACUUUAAAUCUUUUUAUAAUUUUUUUUAUAAAUAUAGUUUUCAAAAAGCAAAAAAUAAAGAAAAAAUAUAUUUCAAAUUUAAAAUCAUAAAUAUAUCAUUUUAAAAUUUCCCCUUUACAAUAUAUUAGGUGAGUUGUUUUGUUUGAGUUUGUAUUUUGAUAAGUAUUUCUUGGUUAAAUAAUUUUCAAUAUUAGUUGCUUUAUUUUUUUUAAUAAACUUGGAGUAAACUUGUUCAUUAUCUUAUUUAUACCACAUAUUCUUUUUUUUUGUGUGAUAAUUACAUAAAAUUGAAAUAUGAGCAGCAUAACUAACACACUAAAUGCAAGGGCUUAGUUCCCUUAGUUUAAUCUCAUUUUUCAUCUCAGUCAUUAAUUUUGUUGAUCUCUUGCAUGAUAUGAUAUUGUACAUUCUUUUGUAAUUUUUUGUUAGUUCUCAUUUGAAGCUUUGAGCAAUUUGUACGUAGUUGUUAUAACAUAUAGCAUAUGAUUAAUAUGAAGUCUUAAUCUUUAUAUAUAUUAGGAUUAAUGUUCUUCAAUAUUUUUAUAAAAAUACUUCUUUCAUCCUAUAUAAUUAGUCCCACAAAUGUGUACCUACAAUAAAAUUUUAAUUUAUUAAACCUUCAUUUUCAUUGAAUGUUUUCUAUUGUCUAUGUACUUAGGCUUACUUCAUUUUCUUCUCGAUUUAGAUGUUUAUCUUUGUAUAAUGUAAAAUUUGCCAUUUAUAUUUCAAUCUCUUUCUAUAUGUUUAAUUAUAUUCAGUUUUUAGUUAUCGUUGUCUUCAAUUCUUUUCAUAUUUAUAUUUUUACAUUCUUUUGGAUAUUUAUAUUGACUUUGAUUCUAUAUGUUUAAGACAUCAUCUUUUUGGAUAUUUGAAAUUUUACAUUAUUUCCAAAAUUUGUCUAAAUUUUAAUUUUAUUUAUAGAAGUUUUAUUUUAAAUAAUUAACUUAAAUAUAUAUAUUAAAUAUAUUAAUUUCUUACAGUUUCGGAGUUUUAACCUGUUAGGUAAUUCUUAUGCUUAGUUUCCAAACAUAUGUCUAAAUAUCUAUUUUUAGGAAAGGCCGAGAAAUUUAUUAAUUUUUUUCCUAAAUACUUUUUCUCAACUGUGAAAAGAGAAUAACUGUUAUCUUGCGAUCAAUAAUCAUAAAAUGUUGAUUUUAUUAUUUUAGCAUUAGGACUAACAACAUGUGUAAUCCCAAAUUUCUUUUGCUUAUGAAAAUAAUCAAACAUUGACAACGUCGUAGCAAUGGGGAGUUGAGAGGGAUCAACACUGUUCCCCGGUAAAGAUAUCAUCUAAUCCUACAAUGACAACUUAGUACAGUAUUACUAUCUAUCUAAUCACCAGCUGAAAAUAAUAUUACAGUUUUUUUACAAAUAACUCAAAGAAUAUAGGCUCAAUGAAAAUCACCAGUCCCAAAAUUGCUGCUCAUAAAAAAAAGUACAGCCUAAUCAAUAAUUCAUAUUUAUGUCAGCUUCACUAAAGGCUCAUCGCAUCCUAGAAAGAGAACCAAAAUCUAACUGAGCAAGAUCAGGGAAAUUAUGAAUCAUACAGCCUAUUGCUGUGCAUGCGACCAAUCCAUAGAGUUCGCUGAGCUUACGCUCUUCUGCAUAUACUGGUUCUCGGCGAUUGCUGCCGUUGUCAUGACAACUAUGUUUUUAUGUCUGAAAAACCACAGCGUGGAGAUGUGGUAGCUGAUUCCACCAUGCGAUCUUGCUCCCAUUCAUCAAAGGCUUUGUCACAAAGAUCAUUGUUAAAGAAGCUGAGAGUUGGUAAGACUGCCUCUUCAAGAGCUUUGAAUAGAUCUCCUUCUUCUCCCAUAUCAUACUCAGAUAUGUGACAACUCAUGGAAAGCAUUGUUCUGAAACCAAAAAAAAAAAAUAACAAUCAAAGACAACAAAUAAAAUAGAACAUAGUUUAGAUAUUUGAGACAACAAAGCUCAUAUCUUUAACCUUUUCGGGUUUAGCGCUAGACCUGAGGCGCCAGUUUCUCAAAACGGGUCAAAAGCCUGAUGUGACCAUGCAUAACAUUUUAAUCCAUGGUCUGUGCUCUGUUGGGGAGCUCGAUGAUGCGAUGAAACUCGCGGCGGAGAUGGAGCGUUGGAGCUGCGUUGCGAAUCUUGUGACUUACAACACGUUGAUGGAAGGAUGCUUUAAAGUUAGAGACAGUAAUAUCGCCACAGUGAUUUGGGGUUACAUGUAUAAGAAGUGGUGGGGAGCUGAUGUUGUAUCGUAUAAUAUUAUGCUGUCAGGGUUGUGUAUGUGCGGCAGAGUUAGGCACGCUAUUGAGUUCUUUGAUGGUGCUCGAAGCCAUGGCAUUGCCCCAACCCCAACUGUUGUCGCAUGGGACAGGGGAGAGAGUCGAGAGACGAAGCGGUUUAUAAGGAAGAAGAAAGAGGGAGGUGAAAAGAAAUCAUUAAAAGUGAGUUAAUAACACAAUUGAUUAUUUAUGGCAGAGGAGGCUUGGUAACGGAGAAUGCAUGAAGAGGAAACGGAGAAGACGAAGUUGACGGAUAGAGUAUAUCGAUGAUUCUUAUGGUCUGAAGUGGGCUUGAGGUAGGCGUAACCAUAUCCGUAUAUAUGCAGAAGGCCUGCAACAUGACAACGAAACAUGGGCCGUAAUCUGAAGUGGGUUUCAACAUGACUUAAGCUAUCCUGACGUGGUAGAACGGAGAACCCCUAUUGGACGAUUUUAAUAGAUGAUGUGGACACCUUCUCUAUUGAGUAUAUUUGGCUUUUAUUAUUGUUAGAUUUUAUAAAUUAUUAAUAAAUCUAUAAAUAAUUUAUGAGAGUUAAUUUAUUAUUAUGACAAAUAUAAGGUAUUUAUAGAAAUUUUUAAAUAUUUAACAAUAAAUUGAAGUUCCCCAGUAAUUUAAUUUCCAUCACCUAAAACAAGUUCCUAUCUUUCUGUUCCUCUCGCUUUCGUUUGUUAAGACUGGUAUAUGAUUAACUUGUUUUUAAAAUGGUCUAGAGCAUAACAAAGAAAACUUGGAUAAUUAUUUUAUUUGGGCUUAAGAAUUGUGAUGAAUUUGGGUUUACCGAAGUUAAAAGCCCAAAUACAGUUCAGGAACAUGAAGUUAAUGACAAAAAAAAAACAGGGUAGGUCUUAUGCUUCCUCUCCAAGUUUUUGCUUAUAAGUUCCGACCACUCUGCCACGCUUGUCUGAGACAAGAUUUCCACAAGACGAGAGAUUUUCUGUCUGUCGAUCAUACUUUUCAAGGUUGGAUACAGUACCUAGGCUUAAUUUUUGUAUGUGUUUUUGGUUUUAGAGUUUCAAUGCGCGCAAACUGUUAGUUCCUCUCAAGUUCUGUAUUUUUUUAACUGCUGAGUUUUGGUUUUUUCUCUAAAUAGAAAGUUUUAUGUUUAUCAAAUUGAGGGGUUUUGUUUCAGUGCAGAGACUGAUUGAUGUAUGAAUGGCACUAAGGCACUUAGGCAAGAAGGUACCUUUUCGCAUCGCUUCUCAUUUUUUUCCCAAGGAAUUUGAGCAAAACGAUUAUAGCUUUAGUUUACAUUUCAUACAUUUGAUUAACGUUUGCAUAGUUUUAUUGGUCAGGCUAUCAAAAUAUUUUUACUUUCUCCAUGCGAAUGGUUGUAAUUAUGUUUGAUGUUCGAUUCUUGGUUCUCAGCUUGCAUGUCAUAGUGAAGCAUAUCUGCAUUUGCUUGAAUGUGAUUAUACCUACGAGUAUGUGUGAAGCGUCUUUUAAUCAGCUCAUUGUCUAAGCUACUCCUAUUUCAAAUUGGUGAUUAAAGACUAAGUGAUAUAUGUUAUGAAGCAUUUGUUUCAUUUGGCAUAUAUAAAGUCUCCAUUUAUGUUUAUGGAUGUCUCGACUGAUUUAACGUGUUUACAGGGCAUUCAAGCCUCUUUUAAAAGAGGUUUGGUUCUUCUACGAGUAGCAGCAUCUACAGAGAGUCAGAUUUCCUCUACGUUUUUGAAUAGCAAUUCCGAAAGUGUCGCUUUUUCAUUCGCACGGUACAUUAAUGGUUUCGGGUUUAGCUCUCUAUCAAAUGGUGAAUCUUCCCCAAACUUAACAUCCAUAAGGUACUUUCAUGCAAGCCGAGAAACAUUGGCGAGAAGAAAAGAUGAUCCAGACCGUCCCCUGAGCCAUCGUGAACGCAAGAAACAGGCUGUGAAAACGAAAGCCAAGUUCUCAAAACGGGAUAAGAAAACUGAUAAGCCACCCGCUGAAGCUCCUUAUGUGCCUCCUCCUAGGCUGGAAAAAACGGAAAAGAGAAUGGCUGAGAAAACAGUUGAGGUAUUCGAUGGCAUGACAUUACUUGAGUUCUCCAAGCGUACUGGUGAGUCAUUGGCGGUUCUGCAGAGCAUCCUCGUCGAUGUUGGAGAAACCGUUAGUUCGGAGUUUGAUGCAAUCAGUAUCGACGUCGCCGAGCUCCUUGCAAUGGAAAUAGGAAACAAGGUAAAGAGGGAACAUACUACAGAAGGAACACAGAUCCUUCCACGGCCUCCGGUUGUAACGGUAAUGGGGCAUGUCGACCAUGGGAAAACCUCUCUGUUGGACGCUUUAAGAAACACCUCCGUGGCGGCGAAAGAAGCCGGUGGGAUCACUCAGCAUGUUGGUGCGUUCGUUGUGGGAAUGCCUGAGUCAGGAACUUCAAUCACCUUCCUAGACACGCCAGGUCACGCUGCUUUCAGCGAGAUGCGUGCUCGAGGAGCCGCUGUGACUGACAUAGUCGUCUUGGUUGUUGCUGCUGAUGAUGGUAUGAUGCCGCAGACUCUGGAGGCUAUUGCGCACGCUAGAUCGGCGAAUGUUCCCAUUGUGGUUGCGAUUAAUAAAUGCGAUAAACCGGGAGCUAACCCGGAGCGAGUCAAGAACCAGCUCGCGGCUGAGGGGAUUGAGAUUGAGGAUAUUGGAGGAAACGUUCAGGUCGUUGAGGUGUCUGCGGUCAAGAGUACAGGGCUAGACAAGUUAGAAGAAGCUCUGCUUCUUCAAGCAGUGGAUAUGGACCUUAUGGCACGUGUGGACGGACCAGCUCAAGCGUAUGUGGUGGAGGCUCGGCUAGAUAAAGGCCGUGGACCGUUAGCCACUGUUAUUGUGAAAGCCGGGACGUUGGAGAGUGGUCAACACGUGGUGAUUGGGUGUCAGUGGGGGAAACUGAGAGCAAUCAGGGACAUGGUAGGUAAGCCAACGGAGAGAGCAACACCAGCUAUGCCUGUAGAGAUUGAAGGGCUUAAGGGUGUUCCGAUGGCUGGUGACGAUGUCAUUGUGGUGGAGUCAGAGAAACGAGCGAAGAUGCUUAGUGAAGGGAGGACGAGGAAGUAUGAAAGAGAUCGGUUGUUGAAAGCGGAGGAAGAUAGAAUAGCUGAAUUAGAGAAGAGAGAAGCAGAGUCUGAAGAAGGGUUUGGUCGAGUUGAGUUGCCGAUAAUAGUGAAGUCUGACGUGCAAGGAACCGCACAGGCUGUUUCUGACGCGCUAAGAACGUUAAAUAGUCCACAGGUUUUUGUGAACAUUGUUCAAAGUGGAGUAGGAGCAAUUUUUCAGUCUGAUUUAGCCAGGGCACAAACUUGCAAUGCGUGUAUCGUUGCCUUUAACGUUAAGUGUUGUAAGAUUUCCUCAGCUUAUGCCCGCGUCAAGGUAUUCCAUCACCGUGUGAUAUACCAUUUGCUCCAAGACAUCGGGAACUUGAUCGUGGAGAAAGCACCGGGAGUAUCUGAGCUGGAGGUGGCUGGUGAAGCUGAAGUACUGAGCAUUUUCAAGGUGUUGGGAAAGAGAAGAGAAGAGGAUGGAGUGAGCAUCGCGGGUUGCAAAGUGAUGGAUGGUCGGGUCUUUAGAAGUGGGCUGAUGAGGCUGUUAAGGAGUGGAGAAGUGUUGUUUGAAGGGUCGUGUGCGUCGCUGAAACGGGAGAAACAAGACGUGGAACAGGUGGGGAAAGGGAACGAGUGUGGGCUUGUGAUGGGAGAUUGGAAUGAUUUUAGAGUCGGAGAUGUGAUUCAGUGCAUGGAGCGAGUCAUUAGGAAGCCUAAGUUCGUUUCCUCUGAGAGUGGAGCUGUGAGAAUAGAGUGCUGAUGAAUCUUUAAACACUAAUCAAUUCAAUCUUAUCUAUUGUUAGGGAUAGUACGCUGAUGAUAAAUUUUUGGUGUUACAGAAACUGUCAUAUUACACAAAUCAAAACCGACAAAACGAUCACUCGAGUUAACUUGAAAACUAUAGUUAAUUUUCUCAAACUAUUAAAAUUUAGUCAUUUAUUUUUCUGUUUUAUCUUUCUUUUAUAGUAAUAAUUUAAAAUUUUAGAAUUUUAAAUUUUGAUUAUAUAUAUUUAGUUUUUUUUUUCUUAAAACGUAGAGAUGCGGUUUGAGCGAUUGAACCAGUCGGUCAGUCAAUCAAUAGCUAGCUAUACGAGCCGGUAUUGGAUUCAACAUUCAAAACAUUGCUUAUUCUUAGGUAUUUUUCUUUCUAAAACUGAAAAUAUUUAUUUAAGAUAUAACCAACAAAACAUAGAGGUACGAGUGUACGACUAUCAGUCUAUCCUAAUGCAAUGCAGAUAUCAUUAGACCAUCAACCUCUUGUUAUUUGAGUUGGUGUAUUUAUAAUGUCGUUAAUUGUAGUUGGCUAUCUUUGAAGCACUAUACAGUCUAUACUAUUGUCGGAGUAACUGAAGUCGCGAAUCAAAUCCAAAAUAUAUUGGAGUAGCACUUUGGGCAAGCCGCAUUCUAUCGAGCAUUGGUCUUAUGGUUUAUCAAAGACAUCCAGUCCUUUUGGCAAUGUCAUUACCGGUCAAGCUUGUCUCUCGUUUUUCUAGUCUAGCUUUGUUCUACUAUCGUUAUAAUGGUCGAUUGAGCUUAGGAAGUCGCCGCCUUUUCUUCUUUUCCUUGUUGUUUAGUUUUUGGUCUCAUCUGAUUCAAAUUACCUUUGUAACUUCUGUUAAAGUUUAAAAAAAUUAAAAUUUACAGCAAAAACUAUAAUAUAUAUAGCUUUCAAUAUAUAUGAAAUUAGGAACAAUGUAUUCAAAUAAGUUAUUUUACAUAUAGUUCGACAACAUGAAUCUUUUCUCUAAAGUCUGACCGAUAUGUUAUCAGCCUGGCUCAAAUCUUCACUUGUUAUUAGGCAUCUUUGGAACACAAUCUCUAAAGUCUAAAGUGUAUUCUUCUUCCUUCCAUCUACA